AUAAUAAGUAAUUUCAAUAUGCAACUUUUAAUAAUUUUGAUUGACAGUGCCGCAAAAUAAUUUUUUUUCUAAAUAAUUUUUUUAUUGGAAUAAAAAAUCUCGUAUACUUGACUCGUAACUUUUAUUAAUUUAUUUAGUUUCUAACGAAAUUAUUGGGGUGAUUUGAUGAUUGCUAUAUAUACGAAAGGUAGACUUGCGCCACAAAACAGGAGAUCCUCCUCCGCAUGCGUCCAAUCACCCUGGAGUCGAAGGAAAUAAUCACAGAAGCACUUGUCGCGUGUCUUUCGAACGCGCUUGUCGCAAAAAUUCGGUUGUGUCGUGUUGCGUCAUGUUUAAAAAAAACCACGUGGUUUUCAAUGUCAUUGUAGACUUUCACUUUUAAAAACAAUAUUUUGAUAAAUUUACUGUCUUCUGUUCUGCAAUAAAAUUUUUUUCUUUUCAAAAAUGUGAUUCAAUUUUUUAUUCGUAGUUUCGGGUACAUCGUGCAUAUACUAUAGUUGGAAAAAAUAUUUAUUUUCUUUUUUGAUAAUUCAUUAAAAAGAGGUGUGAUUAUUUCAUGUGGUGCUAUGUCUAGGAGAAAACAGGCUAAGCCACGUUCUCUUAAAAGAGAUGAAGAGUGGGCAGAGGGUCCUGAACCAAGUGUCCUUGAAAAUUCAGAACAGGAUGAAGAAACAAUAGUGAAAGACGAAGAUGAAGAUGAGGAGGAGGAAGAAGAGGAAGAACUGCAACGAGCCUUCAGUCGACAUUCCGAAGAUUUUUUAAACAAUGGAAGACCCUCAUCGAUCCAAGGACCAGAUUUGGAGAACCAAAAUAGCCUAGACAGUGAGGCCCUUGGAACUGGAAGUUCUUCUUGGCAUAGCGAAGACGGAAGACCAACAUCGCGCAAGGGAGAGGAAACACCAUCUUCUUGCGCAACUCCAACUUCCGCGAGUUUUCCCUCUGAACCGGAAGUCGAAACUGAAAUCAAUCCAAUUGUCGAUGGUAACAAUCCGGCCGCACCGUAUCCCUGCCAAUUUUGUGAUCGAAUGUUUCCCAGAUUGAGUUAUCUCAAGAAACACGAACAGAGUCAUGGAGAUCAGAUGCCAUAUAGGUGCAGUUGGUGUGCGAGAUUAUUUAAACACAAGCGAAGCCGCGAUCGUCACGUUAAGUUGCACACUGGCGACAGGAGAUAUCGAUGCUCGCACUGUGAGGCAGCAUUUUCCAGAAGUGAUCAUUUGAAAAUCCACAUGAAAACCCACGACACUCAGAAACCGUUUCAAUGUACCUCAUGCUCACGGGGAUAUAACACGGCAGCCGCUCUGACAUCGCACAUGCAGUCGCACAAAAGACACCAAAACACCCAAGGCACCAAACUGGAAGUGGAUUUCGGCCGCAGGAGCGUCUCCUCGCACAGUACAGCGUCACCCCCAAUUCCAAAUUCGCCGUCCCCAAAUUUAAAUUUAACUGUCAACAAUCACAAAUCGAUGAAAUCACAGGCAAGUGCCUCGAACACGCCAAUCUUGUCGCCUUUGAAGCUGACCUGCAUGUACUGUACACGUGAUUCCUUCUCCAGCAUGCAACAGCUUCAACUUCACGUUCACACCAUGCACCAAGCAAUUCUAAGUGGGGAAAAUCUCAUGCCAUCCCCGGGCCCAACAGCCGAUUUAUCAAGUCACCAGAAAACUGAUCGAUUAGACAGAAGUAGAGAAGUUAUUUUUUAUGCGAAAAAGUUUCCAGAAGAGAGGCCAUUAGUACAGGACAAAGAAUUAUAUGAGGCGGGACUUUCUUGUGGUCAGUGUACUAUGAAGUUCUCGUCUCCAAAUUCGUUACGCGAGCACUUAAUUUCCAUUCAUCGAGUCGAUGGAUUUGGAUCGUUAAUGGUUUGUCCACUGUGUGGAAUUCCCUGCGCGUCUGCAGCUGCUUACGCCGAGCACUAUGUGCUCCAACACUGCGAGGACAGAAGAUUGUCCGGAGAAUAUGGCGAUCCGAAACUCAACGGAUCCUAUGAUAUCAAGCAGUUGAGGAAUCAAGACCGAGCGAAAAUUGGAAAGGACCUAUUAACCUUCGAGCCGGCGGACUUGACCAAUAAACACCUGAAACCCCCUGAAAAUUACUCGGCCGGAACAUUGUUAUGUGGACAAUGUGGAGCAGCUCUCAAGGAUUUUGAAUCGUUCAGAGAACAUUUAGCCAGACAUCUUAAAGCAGAUCAGAAAAAUGAAACACCCAGGAAUCAGUGUUCAAAAUGCGAGGCAAGUUUUCCGAAUAGGGAAGAGAUGUUGACCCACUUGACAAAGCACUUCUUGGGACAAGUCACCAAGGAGUACGCUUGCAAUGCUUGUAAAAAGUUGUAUCCCCAUCCUGAUCUUCUUCAGCGGCACUUGCUCGACUCACACGCGCAUCAUCUCUACCGUUGUUCUCUGUGCAGAGACACUUUUGACUCCCGGGUAGCAAUCCAAGUGCAUUUUGCCGUAAAGCACAGUCAAGAGUGUCGCAUCUACCGAUGUACUGUUUGUUCAGGAUCCAACAAUGAAAACUCCCCCGGAAAUGCUCCAGUGGAGAACAUGAACUUCUUCAGAAGUGAGGCCGAGAUGGCGAAUCACGUCAGAACAGUUCACGCACCACCGUCCCAUGUGAACGAGAGUCCACUACCCAGGAGUCCCGCUUCGACUCCAGGUAUGACAAAUCGAUGUGUUUUCUGUGGAAUCUGUUGUACCUCCGACUUGGACCUUCAGCUUCAUAUAGCGAGUCAUUCGACAAGUUUGUACCGCUGUCCUAUUUGUCGUGAAGGUUUCGCAGUGGAAUUUCUACUAGACAGACAUAUUGCUCAAGUUCAUCAUUCCAAUGAUCAUUCGAGAAGCCACGCGAGAGAAAAUGGGAGGAUUCACCGACCUUCUAGAUCUCAGGAGGAUGUUAAUUCUGAGUCCAGAGAGCAGCGGACGAAACGUGGACGUUCUCCAGCGUCGAGCAACAAUAACUCCCUAAAUCAACGGGAUAACAACAAGAGACCGAAUUAUGGAAACGUUCAACAAUGCGAACUCUGCGAACGAGGGGAAUUCGCCAACGAGGCAGAACUUCAAGCUCACAAGAAGUUGGCCCACGCUCCUGCGAAAGUUCAGGGAAAAUCAAUGUCAGCUCUGAGUAUGACUUGUGCGUAUUGCGGAGAAGUUUGUCGCUCGCGAAGCGAAUUGGAAUCACACACGAGAAUUCAGCAUGCUACGAGCGAACACGGUGGUCGACACAAGUGCAACAUUUGCGACGAAGUCUGUCCAUCCGGAGCAACAUUGGCUGAACAUAAGCUUCAAAAACACUGCAAAAUCCAGUUGAGCGAUGUCUGCAUCGUCUGUCGGGGUACUUUACACUCCGAAUCUCAGUUUCUCGAGCAUGUUCAGAGACACAGUCUGGAAAGUGUUGAUCCCCAACAGAGAUUGGACAGUUCCCUUCCUCACUUGCCAGCUCCAUGUGUCGUUUGCAGGCAGACUCUAAUUAGCGAUCUCGAGGUCAGACUCCACGCGAGGCAUCAUCUAAGAUCAAGCGGAGGAUCCCAAAAUUCCGAAAGUCCAAGUCCCAAACACAAUAAGUCUCAAAGUCACAAUUGCUGUCUUUGCCUCAGGGAAUUUAAUGGAGAAGAGUUUGUUAGUUUGCCAUCUAAUCAUUCAUCCAAUUCGAGUCAAGCCCUUCUGUUUGUCUGCAAAGCUUGUUACAUGAGGCACUCGCAAGGUCUUCCAAUUCUGAACGCCGCUUAUGAACACGCGAGGUCCAGUAAAAGCGAGAUAUGGCUGAAGGAGACGCAUUGGGAAGGUACUUCCAGAGAGAAGUGGGAUGGAAAUUAUAAAGUUGAGGAGAAGAAUUCUGAUGUUACCUCGAACGAUGGGAGAAGAUGUGAAGAAUGCAAUAUUAAAUUUGAAGAUCCGGAUGAAGCUGAGAAACACCGAAUAGCUGAACAUGAGAAGCCAUUGGGAACGUAUACUUGCAUUCAAUGUCAGGUGUCCUUUCCAACAGAAGAUAAAAUUCAAGAACAUGUAAAGAAGGAGCAUCUGGAAUCUUCUGGUAAAGAAUCACUGGAUGCUUUACGCUGUCAUCUAUGCUUAUUUGAUGCCAAUAGUCCCCUGCAACUUCAGAGUCACCUGAUAGAGCACACUUUUGCCGGAUGUACCGCGUUAAGUUGCUAUAUUUGCCAGGCUUUGUUUACAGCUCCAAUUGGACUGCAGAAUCACAUGAUCCAGCAACAUGGAUUAGGAGCCAGACCAUACGAUUGUACCUAUUGUGAACUAAAAUUUUUCUUCCGAGCCGAACUUGAUCAGCAUAUAGGAGUUUAUCAUUCCGCACGAGAACCAUCACCACAAGAUAUUAAAAAAGUCGAGGACGGUACUCAGGGUACUAAUUUUGAACAAGAACAAGAAAUUCUUAAGAAAGUAACCAUAAAAGAAGAAAUUGGCCAAACUAAUGAAGAUGAAGAAAUUAGUGUUGAUGUUAAUGAGGAAUUUGAAAAUCAUGAAACAAACUCUGUUAAUUUAGAAAAUAAAUCUGACAAAGUUCAUUCUGAACCUAUCAAUGAAUGCGAGGCGUAAAAACUGUUAAAUUCAAAUAUUAUUUCUAUAGUUCCAAAUUCUUAUUACAUUGUGUAUAUUAAUUUACAUUACUUCACUAUAUUUUGUAACUUAUUUAGUUAAAAGAAAAGUUAUAAAGUACUCUCAUUUAAUUUAUAAAUAUUAAUAAUAGUUAUAUAUUCUAUUCUAUAAUUGUUAAUUUUUCAUUUGUCAAAGUUCAGACGACAUGAAUUGUAUAAAAUAAUUGAAUUGUAAAUAUUCUGUCUUCCUAAACAAUAUGUUACAAAACUUAUAUCAGUAUAUGAAAAUUGUAAUCGAUCCAUAUACAUGAAGAGGAUUACAACAUGAGUUUUCAAAAAAAUAUAAAAUUGCGAUUGAGCUCAAAACAUUUAGAAAUUUUCCUGAUUAUCAUUAUUAAAAGUUUUUUAACGCAACUUUAAGCAAUUAAAAUUUUUGUAUUUAUGUAAAAUGUAAAAUUUUUUUAAAAAAAUUUUUAUCUCUGAUCAAUGUGAUCAAUGUUUUUUUGUACAUACAAUUUUUUAAAGUAAAAAGUUACUUAGAUUUAAGGCUUCGUUUCGUGAAAGUAUAUUUAUAAGUUUAAUAUUGUUUAUUAAUAGACGGUUAUGGUUUAUAUUUAUAUAAUGUUUAUUAUUAAAUUUAUAUAUGCAAUUUUAUUAUUAAUUUUAAUUAAUUAUUACUAUUGCAAUUAUAAUUUUUUUAUUUUUCAUAUAAUUACUAUAAUAUUACAUAUUAUAAAUUCUACAUAACUUUAGCAUUGUUUGAAUAUUAUCUACUGAUAUUUUUUUAUCGGCGUUUUUAACAAGUGUUUAACAUUUUGUACAAGAAUUCAGCGAUAUAUAGCGAUUAUAUUAUGAAAAAAUGAAUAAUCUUUUCUAUUUUUGUCUAAAACGAAGGAUUUUUUUAAAUAAGUUUCAGUUUGCAAAAGCAAAAUUUGCUCAUUCGAGUUAAAAUUCUAUUACUAUUAUUUUAGUAUAUCGCUCAACAAUGUUGUUACUAAGCUAUAGACGAAAACGUUAAAUAAACUGUAACGCAGUAUUUAAACAAAAAUGAUGCAAUAACCUGUCCAUUAUAAUUAGAAUUACAUCGUUAAGAUAUUUAUAGAUAAAUAAUAAAUUAUUGUUUUAAACCA